GCAUCUAUAUAUCAGCUUCCUGGAAUAAUUCUAUAAUGAGAUCCUUUAUGGGAAUCAUCUGUGCUCUCUCAGCACUUGUAACAAAAGGUUAUUCUCUCUCUUGUGCAAUAUGUGAGAGCUCUAGUUCAUCCUGUAUAGGCGUAACUGUAAAUUGUCCAGCUAACUACAAAUGUGGAACUUUAUAUGCACUUUCCACUGCAGGUGGCUAUUCCACUGCAUCAUUUUUUAGGUUUUGUGCCCCGGCAAGUGUAUGUGACUUAAAGGGAGAUAUCAGGAGUAAAGAUAUGACAAUACAAACUGCCACAUCUUGUUGUAGCACUGAUAACUGUGUUCCAGAAACACCCCAAUUAUCAUCCAUUGGGAAUGUAACAAAUGGAUUGACCUGUAACUCCUGCUAUGCUGGAAACAAUGACUGGUGUUACCCUGAGGAUACAGUGGAUUGUGUUGGAAAUGAAAAUAGGUGCAUUUUCUAUUCUAGAAUUGCUGGAGGAACCAGUGUUGUACUUCAGGGAUGUGCUACUAGUUCUAUCUGUAACUAUGGAAAUUUAAACAUUGUUUCUGGGCUUUUUGUUAUAUGCACCACUGGAAUUACAGGUAACUCUCUCUUGUGUAAAACAUGUCAGGGCUUUGGUUCCACGUGUGAAGGCCCCAUUGUAAAUUGUCCAGCUGGCUACGUAUGUGGUUCUUUAUACUCAAGUACCACAGUAGGCAGCCAAAGCGAUGAAUCCAUUUUCAGAUUUUGCACCCCUGCAAGUGUAUGUAACUCACAGGGAGAUAUCAGAAAUGUAGAUGCAACAAUUCUAGUUGCCACAGCUUGUUGUAAUACUGAUUUAUGCACUCCAGUUUUACCCCAGUUACCAUCUAUGAGCAAUCAAGAAAAUGGAUUGACCUGUGCAUCUUGUUACGCUGCAAACGCUGCACAGUGUGACCCUCAGAAUAACGUGAAAUGUACUGGAAAUGAAAAUAGUUGCAUUCUGUAUUCAAGUCCUUCAUUAGGGGGCAAAUUUGCAGUUCGAGGCUGUGCUACACAAAAUAUCUGUGACUAUGGAAAUCUGAAUUUGGUUGAUGGUGUUUCUGUGUCAUGUACAAUUGGAAGUACAGGUAACUCUCUCUUGUGUAAAAAAUGUCAGGGCAUUGGUUCCACGUGUGAAGGCCCCAUUGUAAAUUGUCCAGCUGGCUACGUGUGUGGUUCUUUAUACUCAAGUACCACAGUAGGCAGCCAACGCGAUGUAUUCAUUUCCAGAUUUUGCACGCCUGCAAGUUUAUGUAACUCACAGGGAGAUAUCAGAAAUGUAGAUGGAACCAUUCUAGUUGCCACAGCUUGUUGUUAUACUGAUUUAUGCACUCCAAUUUUACCCCAGUUACCAUCUAUGAGCAAUCAAAAAAAUGGAUUGACCUGUCCAUCUUGCCUUGCUGCAAACGCUGCACAGUGCGACCCUCAGAAUAUCGUGAAAUGUACUGGAAAUGAAAAUAAGUGCAUUCUGUAUUCAAGAACUUCAUUAGGGGGCAAAUUUGCAGUUCGAGGCUGUGCUACACAAAAUAUCUGUGACUAUGGAAAUCUGAAUUUGGUUGAUGGUGUUUCUGUGUCAUGUACAGGUAACUCUCUCUUGUGUAAAAAAUGUCAGGGCAUUGGUUCCACGUGUGAAGGCUCCAUUGUAAAUUGUCCAGCUGGCUACGUGUGCGGUUCUUUAUACUCAAGUACCACAGUAGGCAGCCAAAGCGAUGAAUCCAUUUUCAGAUCGUGCAUCCCUGCAAGUGUAUGUAACUCACAGGGAGAUAUCAGAAAUGUAGAUGCAAAAAUUCUAGUUGCCACAGCUUGUUGUGAUACUCAUUUAUGCACUCCAGUUUUACCCCAGUUACCAUCUAUGAGCAAUCAAGAAAAUGGAUUGACCUGUGCAUCUUGUUACGCUGCAAACGCUGCACAGUGUGACCCUCAGAAUAACGUGAAAUGUACUGGAAAUGAAAAUAGGUGCACUCUGUUUUCAAGUACUUCAUUAGGGAACCCAUUUACAGUUCGAGGCUGUGCUACACAAAAUAUCUGUGACUAUGGAAAUCUGAAUUUGUUUAAUGGCAUUUCUGUGUCAUGUACAAGUGGAAGUGCAGGUCUCCAAAGUGUAUUUUUCUUUCCAACACUUUAUACUCUUGUAUUUUGUCUCUUAAAAUGUAUUUAGUUGACAAAUUUAGCCAUCUUAUAAUUCUGAUAAUCUUACAGUGUAUACAAGUAGAGAGUAGAUAUCCAUGGAAUUCUGGGUUAGAAAUACACAUAAUAGAUGUUAUGCCCUAAUUACAUGUUUUAUUUUGCUAAUUUUUUUUCACUAUGGGCUAGAUUACAAGUGUAACGUGCGAUAAAUAAUCAGCCAUUGCAAGUGACUGGUUAUUGCUACUGCGAGCUUGCGGUAACAAUUAGCGCUUAUAAUAUUAAACAGAGAUCAAAUCUCUGGUUAAUUUUAUAAAUGUGCCCCAAAUACCCCCAAAAUACAGUGGUGUAUAAAAACAUAAAAAUUGUAACAUUUUUAUUUUUUAGUAAAAUAACUGAACCAGGCAGUUUUUGUGGGUUAAAGAUGGCAGGAGUGAGGUCUUAGAAAAAAAACGGCACUGAAAAGUGCCUUUACAUUGCGAUCUAUGGGAAAACUAAUAACUGAACCAUUCACAUAAUAAUAUACAGGAAAAACAUUUGUAUUGUUAAAAUGCAUAAAAAAUCAAAAGAAAAUACUUCCCCAAAGAUAGUAUUUUAUCCAAAAUGUAAAAUUAGUAUGUAGAUUACACAUAAAUAAAUCAUAUUAAACAGGCACAAUGUAAAUCAUAAUUUAACCCCUUAGUGACCACAGCACUUUUCAAUUUUCUUACCGUUUGGGACCAGGGCUAUUUUUACAUUUCUGUGGUGUUUGUGUUUAGCUGUAAUUUUCCUCUUACUCAUUUACUGUAGCCACACAUAUUAUAUACCGUGUUUAUCGCCUUUAAAUGUCUAUUUUUAAAGAUACCAUUAUUUUCAUCAUAUCUUUUAAUUUACUAUAAAAAUUAUAAAAUAUGAUGAAAAUGAAAAAAAAAAAAAACACUUUUUCUAACUUUGACCCCCACAAUCUGUUACACAUCUACAACCACCAAAAAACAACCAUGCUGAAUAGUUUCUAAAUUUUGUUCUGAGUUUAGAAAUACCCAAUGUUUACAUGUUCUUUGCUUUUUUGCAAGUAAUAGGGCAAUAAGUACAAGUAGCACUUUGCUAUUUCCAAACCAUUUUUUUUUAAAUUAGCAAUAGUUACAUUGGAACACUAAUAUCUGUCAGGAAUCCCUGAAUAACCCUUCACAUGUAUAAUUUUUUUUAGUAGACAACCCAAAGUAUUGAUCUAGGCCCAUUUUGGAAUAUUUUAUGCCACCAUUUCACCGCCAAAUAUAUGGCUUUGGCAUACAUUUUUGGCAAUUAGAAGGCUGCUAAAUGCUGCUGCGCACCACACUUGUAUUAUGCCCAGCAGUGAAGGUGUUAAUUAGUUAGCUUGCAGGGUUAAUUUAGUGUAGUAGACAAUCCAAAGUAUUGAUCUAAGCCCAUUUUGGUAUAGUUCAUGCUACCAUUUCACAGCCAAAUGCGAUCAAAUAAAAAAAAAAUGUUCACUUGUUUACUAACUUUUUCACAAA